AUGGAACAAAAUGAUGAGGAACAUCAUAAAUAUGGUAGAACAUAUUAUAUUACACGUCGACCACAAAUUAUACAAACAAAUUAUCAAAGAUAUUUACCUCAUGCAAUAAAUCAUGAACGUAUUCUUUCAUUCAAUAAUAUUUAUGAUGCUAGCACCUUGAUCGAUAACACUGAUACUACUGAUCAUGAUCCCGAUUUUACGAACAAAACAAUCAGUAAGAAAAUAAACAGAAUGCCAGAUGUUUUGAAGCCGAAUUCAUAUCUAUCAAAUAGCACGUUAGCUUCGUACAAAAGAAAUUCAUCGUCUUUAAAUUCAUUACCAAAUGAAAUCGGUUCUUCACCUUCGUUAAUUCACUCUGAGUACGUCAAUGAUGAUCACCGCAUUAGCAGUAAUAAUAGUGAUAAAAUUGUUGCUAACCGCAGUGUCUUCGACAACUACUCUCCGAUUUAUUAUCCAAAUAACCAGACUUUAUAUACUGCACGGCGUUAUUUUCAAGCUGAUCAAAGUCAACCAUCCCUACAAACAAAGUAUUCUUAUCACCAAGAUAAUCCAGAAUCUUUUCGAUCAUUUAGUGUUAGUCCAGAAAUAGGAAGUAGAGUUUCAGAAAAUUCUGUCAUGUUACCCUGUAGAAGCUACAAUGAGAACAUUAAUAUGAUUGGGUCCAAUUCGAAUCUUCGUCUUUGUUCAUCUGCCCCAUCACCACUUAAAAGAAAACCGUAUCAAGUUUCUUUCAAUCUUGAUAGAAAUACCUACAUCGAAUAUCCUUACUCAGAAUCCUCAACUUCAUUAGUGCAAUGCAAACGUGUACCAGGUUAUAUAAGUUCAAGUGGAGCUACUCCAGGAGAAACGAAUGUAAACUUUAAAACAUCACCAAAAUAUCCAUUCAGUUGGAGCAAUGAAAAUGGGGUAACAACAAUUGGAAAAGUUAUAAAUGGCUAUGAUAAUGAAUAUUCCAAGCAAAUUAAUUAUCCACCUCGUUUGUACACUUCAUGGCCUAUCAGACCAAAGUAUAAUCGUUAUUCACCACCUCCUCCACAACCAACUUUAAACCAUGAUGGGGAUAACAUUAAUUUUAAUUGUAGUACAACUGAUCAAACCGCCAUUAUAGAUCCUUUUACAUCUAAUAGUUAUACUGCACACAAACCAGAAAUCCGUUUUAUCGACACCACUUUAAGUUCACCAGGGAAUUGUAAUUUAAGCAGCAAUAAUAAUUUAAAUACGAAUAAACCACCAGUCUUUGGAAGAUCUCUGAAUAGUUUAAAAUUGCUUUUAUCAAAAUCUACACAUCGUUUCGAUGCAAAUAGUAAUAACAAUAGUAAUACUAAUCCAAAUGGCGGUAAGUCAUUAUUUAAACAAGUCGAACAAUAUGAUUCAAUCAAUCCAAGACAUAGUUCAGCAAUCGAUAUCUUGAAUCAAAGAUCAUUUUGUCCAUAA